UCCCCUCUCUUCCUCUCGAACCCUAGCGGCCGCUUCGUCACGCCGCUCCCUCUCUUCCUCUCUCCGCCUCCGCGUUGUCAAUCUAAACACUAGCAAUGGCGGGUAAGGGCGAGGGGCCUGCGAUCGGGAUCGACCUCGGGACGACGUACUCAUGCGUGGGGGUGUGGCAACACGAUCGCGUGGAGAUCAUCGCCAACGAUCAGGGGAACCGCACCACCCCCUCCUAUGUCGGCUUCACCGACACCGAGAGGCUCAUCGGCGACGCCGCGAAGAACCAAGUCGCCAUGAACCCCACCAACACCGUCUUCGAUGCAAAGCGCCUGAUUGGCCGGCGGUUCUCUGACGCCUCGGUCCAGAGUGACAUCAAGCUGUGGCCCUUCAAGGUUAUUGCUGGUCCCGGUGACAAGCCCAUGAUUGUUGUCCAGCACAAGGGUGAGGAUAAGCAAUUUGCUGCUGAGGAGAUCUCCUCCAUGGUCCUGAUGAAGAUGCGUGAGAUUGCGGAGGCCUACCUUGGCUUUGCUAUCAAGAAUGCUGUCGUCACUGUCCCGGCCUACUUCAACGACUCUCAGCGCCAGGCCACCAAGGACGCUGGCGUCAUCGCUGGCCUCAAUGUCAUGCGUAUCAUCAAUGAGCCAACUGCUGCCGCAAUUGCCUACGGUCUAGAUAAGAAGGCCACCAGUGUUGGUGAGAAGAAUGUCCUCAUCUUUGAUCUUGGCGGUGGGACCUUCGAUGUCUCUCUCCUUACUAUCGAGGAGGGCAUUUUUGAGGUGAAGGCAACAGCUGGGGAUACUCACUUGGGGGGUGAGGACUUUGACAACAGGAUGGUGAAUCAUUUUGUUCAGGAGUUCAAGAGGAAGCACAAGAAGGAUAUUAGUGGAAACCCUAGGGCUCUUCGCAGGCUUCGGACUGCAUGCGAGAGGGCAAAGAGGACCCUCUCUUCCACCGCCCAAACAACAAUCGAAAUUGACUCCCUUUAUGAGGGCGUCGAUUUCUACUCGACUAUUACAAGAGCCAGAUUUGAGGAGCUCAACAUGGACCUGUUCAGAAAGUGCAUGGAGCCUGUUGAGAAGUGCUUAAGAGAUGCCAAGAUGGACAAGAGCAGCGUACAUGAUGUUGUCCUGGUCGGUGGGUCGACCCGAAUUCCCAGGGUUCAGCAGCUGCUGCAGGACUUCUUUAAUGGAAAGGAGUUGUGCAAGAGCAUCAACCCCGACGAAGCUGUUGCUUAUGGGGCUGCGGUCCAGGCCGCAAUUUUGAGCGGUGAAGGCAAUGAAAAAGUACAAGACCUUCUCCUCUUGGAUGUUACUCCUCUUUCACUCGGUCUGGAAACUGCUGGAGGAGUCAUGACUGUUCUUAUCCCGAGGAACACCACUAUCCCGACCAAGAAAGAGCAGGUGUUCUCGACCUAUUCUGAUAACCAGCCCGGUGUUUUGAUUCAGGUUUAUGAGGGUGAGAGGACGAGGACAAAGGACAACAAUCUCCUUGGUAAAUUCGAGCUCUCUGGUAUUCCUCCUGCUCCUAGGGGUGUGCCUCAGAUCACCGUCUGUUUCGAUAUUGAUGCCAACGGUAUCUUGAAUGUCUCUGCUGAGGAUAAGACUACUGGGCAGAAGAAUAAGAUCACCAUCACCAACGAUAAGGGCAGAUUGAGCAAGGAUGAGAUCGAGAAGAUGGUUCAGGAUGCCGAGAAGUACAAGUCGGAGGACGAGGAGCACAAGAAGAAGGUGGAGGCCAAGAACGCUUUGGAGAACUACGCGUAUAACAUGAGGAACACCGUGAAGGAUGAGAAGAUCUCGUCGAAGCUGAGUCCGGCUGACAAAAAGAAGAUUGAGGACGCCAUAGAUCAGGCGAUCCAGUGGCUGGAUGGGAACCAGCUUGCAGAGGCUGACGAGUUUGAGGAUAAGAUGAAGGAGCUGGAGGGGAUCUGUAACCCCAUCAUUGCGAAGAUGUACCAGGGUGCGGGCGCAGACAUGGGAGGCGGGAUGGAUGAGGAUGGGCCCUCUGCUGGGGGAAGUGGAGCUGGUCCCAAGAUUGAGGAAGUCGACUAAACAAAUCUCCUUUCCUCUUAUCACUAGGAUCGUAUUUUUGUCUCCAGGUAUGAUCACACCUGGUAUUGGUUAGUCGUCGAUCCAUCUACUUAGAAAUUUUGGAAGAUACUUUUGUUAGUGUUUUGGUUCUUUGUUAAGGGCCAAGUAUUAAGAUGCUAAAACUCUUAAAAUUGUACGUUUUCUGCUAUGCUAGCGUUUUGCUGUUGUUUUAGGACCUUAAAAGUGGUACUUCUUAAUCUGGUAGUCUCAGUCAGUGCGGAGGAGGAUGCCCGCAGAAUUCCUCGAGAGGACGAACAACCUCUGAUUGAAACUGGGGUUAAGCUUGCUUAUCGUACUUUUAUUGAUGUUAUCUUGCCAAAUUUGUGGAUGCUUGGUGCUGUUAUCUAGUGCGCAUCAUGAAAAUGCUUGUAUGUUAUUUUGCUUGUUUGUUUUUUUA